AUGUUCCGCUUCCUGUCGUCCGCCUCCGCGCGGCACAUCCGGAGAAGAAGCGAGAUCCGUGCCAGGCUCGACGCUGCAGCCACUCGAACCCUCGACUCUCUUUCGCGCUCCGUUCGCGACGCUGCUCCCGGCUUUCGCGAUGCGCGAGGCAGCUGCCAGAAUGCCAGAUUCGCGUCGACGACUUCUGCGUCCUCUGCAGCAGCGGGAGCUUCAGGUGCUCCAUCAGGUGUUUCGUCAGGAGCAGCCAAGGUGGCAGCUAAGGCGGGAGCGGAGAUUCCCUCGUUUGCCGAGUCGCUUCAAAAGAGGUUUGGAACGACGGACGGCCGAGAUUUCGUGCUGCUGACCGCGGGUCUGGCGUUGGCUGGGCUCGUUGGGGAGCGCAUUCUCUCAGACCGCCGUUCCGCUGCAGCAGCAAAGUCCCACCACCCUGCACCAUCAUCAGCACCAUCUCCAUCACCAUCAGAUGCAUCAGCAAGUUCCGAGCCUGAGGCCGCCGCGCCUGAAGCUGCCGAAGCUGAAUUGUCUCUAGGCUCGGCAGACGCAGGUCCGGAGGAGGUUAUUGUAACAGUGGUGGUGGACGAAGGGGAGAGCUCCCCGCUAGCUGACGCUGUGGAUGCUUUAGCUGACCAUCUAGCAGAGUUGGAAGCAAAGGCAGAAGAGAAAGCGAGGAACGUGGAAGCAAAGGCAGAGGAGAAAGCGAAGGGUGUGGAGGCAAAGGCUGAAGAGAAAGUGAAGGAUGUGGAAGCAAAGGCAGAGGAGAAAGCAAAGGUUGUGGGAGCUAUGGCAGAGGAGAAAGCAGAGGAGGUUCUCAAAAGCCCCGCUCUAGCUGGCGCCGUGGAUGCUGUAGCAGGCUAUGCGGCUGAACUAGAGGCGAAGGCAGAGAAGAAAGCAAAGGAUGCGGAAGCAAAGGUAGAGGAGAAAGCAGAGGAGAUUCUCAAAAACCCCGCUCUAGCUGGCGCUGUGGAUGCUGUAGCAGGCCGUGUAGCUGAAUUAGAAGCAAAGGCGGAGGAGAAAGCGGAGGAAAUCCUAAAAAACCCCGCUCUAGCUGAUGCUGUGCAUGCUGUAGCAGGCUAUGUAGCUGAACUUGAGGCAAAGGCAAAAGAGAAAGCAAAGGGUGUGGAAGCAAAGGUAGAGGAGAAAGCAAAGGAGAUUCUGGAGAGACCUCCUCUUGCUGACGCUGUAGACGUGCUGUCGAGGUACGUGGAGGAGUUAGAGGCGAAGGGAGCGGAGGUGACGAGAGAAGCGGAGGAGAAGGCAGAAGCGGUGGUGACAGCAGUGGUGAGUGAGGUGGCGAAGGCUGGGGAGAGGGCGGAGGAAGCAGGGAGAGAGGUGGGUGAAGCGGUUAGCGCGUUGGGGGAGACUUUGGCUGAGGAGGUGAAGGAGAAGGCUGGGGAGGCAGAGGAUAGUACAGAUGACUGCCCGUUUUGCCAGUUCAUGAAAGGAGGGCCGUGCAGGGAGGAGUUUAUCGCAUGGGAGGGGUGUGUGGAGGCAGCUGAAAAGGCUGGGGAGAGUAUUGUGGACCGGUGUGUGGGUCCCACAGAGGCGCUUAAGACUUGUAUGGAGGGGAAUGAGGGGUACUAUGGAGUGGUGUUGCAGGCUGAAGCGGGGAUGAAGGCUGAAGCUGCUGCUGCUGUGGCUGAAGCGAGUGCUGCUGCUGGGGAGGUGGCUUUGGUGCAAGAGGCUGCUGCUGUGGUGGAGGCAGCAGGGGAAGGAGGGGUGAAGGAGGGUGUGGAAGGGAGGAAGAGUAGGGCUGUGAUGACGGUGAACGGGAGAUUCAAGUCGACUUCUGAAGUUUGGAACUCUGUUGCCUUCCGAAGCUUGGCUCAGCUAUCAGCCUCAUUGGAAUGUUUUCAGCCCAGCAAGCCCAAGGGGGGGGGAGUGGGGAGAGAGGGGGGAGAGGAGGAGCAGAGAAGAGGGGGAGGGAUAGGGGAAGAGGAUAUGGAGGGAGAGGAGAAGGGGGGAGAGGAGAUGCGGGAAGAUGAUAAGGGAAGAAAACUGUUUGGGGAAGAGGAAUUAGGACGGAGACGAAGAGAAGGGAGAAGAGAAAGGGGAAGAAGAGAAGGGAGAAGAAGAGAACGGGAAGAGAAGGGGGAGAAGGGGACGCAGAAAGGGGAGAUGGAGGAAGAGGAGAAAAAGAAAGUGGAGAAAAAGGAAUUGGAGAAAAAGGAAGAAGUGGAGAAAAAGGAAGUGGAGAAAAAGGAAGUGGAGAAAAAGGAAGUGGAGAAAAAGGAAGAGGAGAAAAAGGAAGUGGAGAAAAAGGAAGAGGAGAAAAAGGAAGUGGAGAAAAAGGAAGUGGAGAAAAAGGAAGUGGAGAAAAAGGAAGAGGAGAAAAAGGAAGAGGAGAAAGAGGGAGAGCGGCAACAUGAGGAGGGGGCAGCAGCAGCUGGCGAAAGCAGUGCACCUAAGGGUUCUUCAACCGCUGCUCUUGAGAUUCCUGCUCCUGUGCCAGCUGUCAGACGAUCAUUGGAGAUCCAGCUCAGGUGCCUGAAGCUUCGUGGGCUGCAGAGGAAGGUUGGUUUUGAAGUGCUCGCUGAGAAGAGGAUUGCUGACUGGGCUUCGGGCGGCGCGCUGACUGGUCCUUUGGUGAACGGGCAUGCUGACGUGGCAGAUGCUGACGUGGCGCGUGCUGAGCUGGAUGAGGAGCCGGAUGUGGUCAAAGUGGUAGAAGAUGACGCCAUUGAGGUGAGAAAGAGAGAUGUUGCAGCGGCUGCAAGGGCUGCUGGUGGUGGGGCUGGUGUGAAUGGGAUUGGCGUUGGUGGGGUCCUGGAUCUGGAUUUUGAAGCUUCAGAGGCCAUUGAGGUGAGAAAGAAAGAUGUUGCAGCGGCUGCUAGGGCAGCGGGUGGUGGGCUUGGGGUUAAUGGCAUUGGCGUUGGUGGGGUCCUGGAUCUGGAUUUUGAAGCUUCAGAGGCCAUUGAGGUGAGAAAGAGAGAUGUUGCAGCGGCUGCAAGGGCUGCUGGUUGUGGGCUUGGGGUUAAUGGCAUUGGCGUUGGUGGGGUCCUGGAUCUGGAUUUUGAAGCUUCAGAGGCCAUUGAGGUGAGAAAGAGAGAUGUUGCAGCGGCUGCAAGGGCUGCUGGUGGUGGGGCUGGUGUGAAUGGGAUUGGCGUUGGUGGGGUCCUGGAUCUGGAUUUUGAAGCUUCAGAGGCCAUUGAGGUGAGAAAGAGAGAUGUUGCAGCGGCUGCAAGGGCUGCUGGUUGUGGGCUUGGGGUUAAUGGCAUUGUCGUUGGUGGGGCCCUGGAUCUGGAUUUUGAAGCUUCAGAGGCCAUUGAGGUGAGAAAGAGAGAUGUUGCAGCGGCUGCAAGGGCUGCUGGUGGUGGGGCUGGUGUGAAUGGGAUUGGCGUUGGUGGGGUCCUGGAUCUGGAUUUUGAAGCUUCAGAGGCCAUUGAGGUGAGAAAGAAAGAUGUUGCAGCGGCUGCUAGGGCAGCGGGUGGUGGGCUUGGGGUUAAUGGCAUUGGCGUUGGUGGGGUCCUGGAUCUGGAUUUUGAAGCUUCAGAGGCCAUUGAGGUGAGAAAGAGAGAUGUUGCAGCGGCUGCAAGGGCUGCUGGUUGUGGGCUUGGGGUUAAUGGCAUUGGCGUUGGUGGGGUCCUGGAUCUGGAUUUUGAAGCUUCAGAGGCCAUUGAGGUGAGAAAGAGAGAUGUUGCAGCGGCUGCAAGGGCUGCUGGUUGUGGGCUUGGGGUUAAUGGCAUUGGCGUUGGUGGGGUCCUGGAUCUGGAUUUUGAAGCUUCGGAGGCCAUUGAGGUGAGAAAGAGAGAUGUUGCAGCGGCUGCAAGGGCUGCUGGUUGUGGGCUUGGGGUUAAUGGCAUUGGCGUUGGUGGGGUCCUGGAUCUGGAUUUUGAAGCUUCAGAGGCCAUUGAGGUGAGAAAGAGAGAUGUUGCAGCGGCUGCAAGGGCUGCUGGUGGUGGGGCUGGUGUGAAUGGGAUUGGCGUUGGUGGGGUCCUGGAUCUGGAUUUUGAAGCUUCAGAGGCCAUUGAGGUGAGAAAGAAAGAUGUUGCAGCGGCUGCAAGGGCUGCUGGUUGUGGGCUUGGGGUUAAUGGCAUUGGCGUUGGUGGGGUCCUGGAUCUGGAUUUUGAAGCUUCAGAGGCCAUUGAGGCGGCUCGAAGGGCUCGUCGGGCGGCAGACUCGGUAGAAUCCGCCGCCCGGUUCUUCGCUGACGUGGCGCAGGCAGGGCGCGACAUGUCAGCUGCCAGCCUGGCGGAGCAGCGGCGGCGGAAGCAGCGCAGCGACGGCGUGCUGACGUGGCACGCGCGUCAGAAGCAGCGCGCGUCGCGCGCCGAGCGGAUGCGCGUGCAGGCACUUAAAGCCGGAGACCAAGAGGCGUAUUUCAAAUUAGUCGAGGAGAGCGUUCUUAAAAAGAUUAAGUGGCACUAUGUGAUAGUAGACGAGGGGCAUCGGCUUAAGAACCACGAAUCAGUACUUAGUAAAACGCUGGUGGCGGGUUACUCGAUCCGGAAAAGACUUUUGCUGACCGGGACGCCGAUUCAGAACAGCCUCGGGGAGCUGUGGGCGCUGCUGAAUUUUCUUCUGCCCGCGAUUUUCAACUCGAGCGAUAAUUUCGAGGACUGGUUCAACGCGCCGUUUGCGGAUAAGUGCGAUGUGACUCUGAACGAGGAGGAACAGCUUCUUGUGAUCAGACGCCUGCACCAGGUCAUCCGUCCCUUCAUUCUCCGUCGAAAGAAAUCCGAAGUCGAGAAGUUCCUGCCUCAAAAACGCCAAGUCAUCCUCAAAUGCGACAUGUCUGCCUGGCAGCGCGAAUACUACUCCCAAAUCGUCUCCGCGGACGCACUAGACCACCCAUACCAGCCGCAAUCUCCCAACGAGCGCGUCCGGGCAAGCGGAAAAUUUGAGCUGCUGGACCGGAUUCUGCCCAAGCUACAGGCUGCGGGGCACAGGAUUUUGAUGUUCUCUCAGAUGACAAAGGUGAUGGAUUUAUUGGAGGAUUACCUGAGAUCGGUCGGCAUGCUUUAUCUGCGUCUGGACGGCAUGACCAAAACAGACGAAAGAGGCCGCUUGUUACAGCUGUACAAUGCUCCGGAUUCGCCGUACUUUAUCUUCCUGCUGAGCACCCGGGCGGGCGGGCUUGGGCUGAACCUGCAGACGGCAGAUACGGUGAUUUUAUUUGAUUCUGAUUGGAACCCCCAGAUGGAUCAGCAGGCGGAGGAUCGGGCGCACAGGAUCGGGCAGAAGAGGGAGGUUCGGGUGUUUGUGCUUGUAAGCGUGGGGUCUAUAGAGGAGGAGAUUUUAGAGAGGGCGAAGAACAAGAUGGGGAUCGAUGCGAAGGUGAUUCAAGCGGGGAUGUUCAAUACGACGUCUACGGCGCAGGAGAGGAGAGAGCUGCUGGAGCAGAUAAUGAAGCGAGGGAAGAUUCCGGAUUUGGCUCCUGAUUUGCCGGAUGAGAGUGAGACGAAUCGGCUUAUAGCGAGGACGGAGGAGGAGUUUGAGAUGUUUGAGAGGAUGGAUGAGAUGCGCAGGCGGCAGUAUGGCGAAAUCGACGCUAUUAGUGGUCCUUCGCGGCGCGUAGUGAAGCACGUAAGCUUCCAGGAGCCCGAAGACCCGUACGACAUUCACCAUGACGUGGCUCAGCCUCCAGAUGACGUGGCAAAUCCUCUUACCGAGGUUGCAGGUCAAGAGUUCCCUCUCCCGGGAUUUGUCGAUUACGAAUCGGAAUCAUCUUGCGGGCGCGAAACGUCAGCCGUCGAUUUGGAAACGGGCUUCCGCGUGCGACGGUUGGAUUUCAACGCGACGCGCGAGACGCACUACGUGAUCGUGGUGCACGGAACCUUCGACGCACCACCGUCCGACGGAACCCACACGUGGUAUCAGCCCGCGGUUCCCGGCAAACACAACUUUUGUUCCAAAAUUGGCGCGCUUCUGGCGCGCGGGCCGUUAGGAGCAGACAGCGUGUGGCGGAAGCUGCCGGCCGGCUGCGCCGCGGCUGGCAGGGCUGCCGGUGGCCGGCAAGGCGCCGCGCCGUACCCUUUCCAUUGGGACGGCACGAACACGCACAAGGGGAGGGUGGAAGCUGCCGAGAAGCUCGCGUUGCUUAUAACGGAUAUUGCCUGCAGCGACCCUGCAGCGAGGAUACACAUUAUCGCUCAUUCCCAUGGGGGAAACGUGCUGCUCAAAGCAGUGGAGCUGUACAUCCGACAGUUAAGCAGCCAAUCACCAGCUGACUUGCACCCUUUGGUGGAGCAGGAGUUUUGGGCGGCGCACAGGAACGGAUACGAUUUGAUUCGCAAGUGGAGGAGUCCGAAUCAAAUCAAAUCUCGCUGGUCUGGGUGGCGGCGGUGGCUGCCCACGCCCAUCGUGUUUCAAAGUCUCCACCCCAGCACGCACAAGCACAAGAGCCAGGAGCGCUACCCCUGGGGGCGCUACCGCUGGCUCGACUCCCUCCUCGGCCUCCCUGCCACCCGUCAACGCAUCUUCCUCUCCCACCGCCUCGCCACUUCGCCUCUGUCCAACGCCCUUGGCUCCCUCGUGUUCCUUGGAACCCCUUUCUAUGUCAAGAAAUGGGACCGCGCAGGGGUGUUCCGGCUGGUGGUGGCGACGGUGCUGUCCGUUGCGGCGGUGUUUGGAGUGGUGCUGGGGUAUGUGGUGCUCUGGGAAGUGGUGGUGAUGGAGGCGGCUCACUUGGAGGUGAACCGGCUGUUACUGUGGCCUCUGGUGGUGGUGGCAAUCGUGGGUCUAUUUGGCAUCAUCAGCAUCGCCGUGCAAGCCUAUUUAUCCGCCGAGUCGUGGCUCCAACCUGCAUACUACAACGGUAACAUCUACCACGCGCCCGGUUACCACUGGUCGCCUGCCAUGUCAGCACUCGUGGUCCACGCCGGCAAAUUAGACGAAGCCAGCCUGGCACUUUCCGUCGAGCCAAUCGCGCGCGCCUACGUCUUUCCCGAGCUAAGAAACGUCAUCAAGAUAGUGAUUCUCUGGAACGCCAUUUUCCUCGUCCCCUUCGCCCUGCUCUCGCUCAUCUCCCACAUCGUAGCACCAGCACUAGUCGAGACUGUACGGAGCGUGAUUGUAACGAUCGCGUUCGGCCUUUCUCCCAACGAGCUGAGCUUCGCAAGUGUGUACGUAGAUGAAGUGUUGGACCUGCACCUGUGGUCCCACCACGUGGAGCACUGGAAUGUUCAGAAGCUUCUGGCUGAAGCUAAGACAAAUUCGUUGCAAGGGAAGCUGUUACCUGGUUACCAUGAUGAUACUGUAGAUGCGGGUGGGGGUGACAGUGAGGGAGGUGAUUUAAUCGAGGGGCUGGGUCUGGGUGGGGAGGGGGAUGAGACGCGCUGGCUUGAGGCACGUUCGUUAUUGUCACGGGGAAGGGAGAGGGGGAGGGAGGGGGAGAGGGAGGAGGAUGUUACUGGGGAGGUUAAUAUGGGGGAUGGAGGAGGAGCCUCAGGGCAUGAGAGCGAGGGGGAGGGUGGUGGUGUGGGCAAAACGGUGGGAGGUGGAGGAGGGAAGGGAGUUGAGGUGGGGGAAGCGAAGGAUGUGGGGGGGAUAAGGAGUGUCCGGGCGGUAACAUGGAAGAGAGUGGGAGGUUGUAUAGAGGAGCCUGUUUGUGACGAUUCUGUGGGGGCGGUGGGUGGUUCGGUGGCUGGUUCCGUGGGUGCUCUGGUGGGUGCUUCGGUGGGUGCUUCGGUGGGUGUAUCGAUGGGUGAUUCAGUGGGUGUCAUAGGUGCUUCGUCACUUGCAGUUUCAUCUGCGGUUGGAACUGAAGAGGACGAGGUGGGAUAUUUCCUGGAGGAGCAGGAGGACAAGGAAAAUUGCAGUAAUGAGAACAAGGAGGAGGGAGAGAAGAGAGAGCAGCAGCAGAAGCAGCAGCAGCAGAUGGAGGGGAUUGGAGAGCAGCAGCAGCAACUUCUGUACGAGUUUCUGUGGAACGAUAGGAAGCUGGAAGAGGCAGCAGCAGCAUCAGGCACGUACCGGCUGUUGCGAUCGGAGAUGAGGAGAAUGAAGAAGAACCCUCGGCUGACUGACAGAGAGUUUGUGCGGCAGAUCAAACAACUCUGCAUGAUGAUAGAGGAGCAUAUUGGAGAGCUGACGGGACGCUUCGACCUCAACCAUGGUGCUUAUUUCCGAGACCCAUGCAUCCUCGCAGUCAUCUCUCACUUCCUGCAGCACAGGGCGCUCCCCGAUUGGUCAAAGUCCCUCGAUGCAGAUCUGCUGCGCGUGCAGUCGCUGACUGAGCUCGCACAAACCGCCUCAGGGCAAGGCAAGGUGCAGGGAAGGAAUGGGCAAGGAAAUGGGGACCGGGAAGGUAGAGGGCCUAUGGGUUUUGAGUCAGGUGGGGAAGGUAUGGGAGGUGUGGCAGGAGUGGCGCGGAUAGGAGAGGAGGCGGAAGGGGAGUUGGAGGAGUUAUCAAGGCUGGGGCUACCAGUAUCAAAUCUGGGGUGCUCAAGCUCUGGAGGGGGUGGUGUGAGUACUAGUCGGACUCCUAGCAUGGUGGGGUUUCGAGGGAAGCGAAGCAAGAGUGAGAAGAAGAGGAGCAAGAGGGAGGGAAGUAUGUCUUGGUCCGGUCAGCUUUGGCUGCCCCGAGGUUUUUCCGGGUAG